GAAACCAAGACAAGUUAAAGAUUCAAGAGGAAAUUUCAUCUGAAUUUAGAAAGAGAAACUUGGAUUCUACUUUUUGAAGACUUAUUUUACGCACGUUUUACGCACGUUUUACGCACAUGUUAUUUUACCUGCACUGGAUUAGAUCCUUUUAACAAACCUUACAAAGGAUAUUUCACGUUUUUUUGGAAUUGAUUUAGUGAUAGAAAAAUGUUGCUUUUUCACGUUUCGUUCGUUUUAUCAGCGACUUUAAUCACGGCUGCGCAGAGAGGCGGCGAAUGGGAGCACGGCGCGGCGAGACCGGUUCGGCUCGACCCAAAACGGAGGGUUUGACCGGGGAGGAGAAGGAGAAGGAAGCGGAGAUGAGGGUGUACAAGUUGGAUGUUUUUGGGCAGCGGUUGAUCUUGAAACUGGAGCCGGAUCACACGUUCCUCGCCCCGGGUUUUGUCUUCCACAUCGUCGGGGCUCCGGAGGUCCAGCCCACGCCGCCAGAGCCGAGCCAGGUGUGCUUCUACUCGGGCAAAGUGAACGGGGAGGCUCGCUCCGCCGCGGCCCUCAACCUGUGCCACGGGCUCCGAGGUGGAUUCUACUACGACGGACUCGAGUACUUCAUCCAGCCGCUCAACGAGACCGACUACGAGCGCGCGCGGGACGAGGACGUGCACGUGGUGAGGCGGCGCGCGAGCAGCGGGAGGGAGGCAGCCGGUGCAGCCGAGGAGGGAGGCUCCAAGUGCGGGGUCAACGAGGACGAGGACCGGGUGCCAAAAAACCUGGAGCCCGGAGCCAAGCAGCAGGCGGCGGCUAAUGUGAAACAGACAGCUAACCACCGUUCCAAGCGUUUCGUCUCCACGCCGCGUUACCUCGAGAUCAUGCUGGUGGCGGAUCAGUCCAUGGCCCAGUUCCACGGCGCCGGGCUCAAGCCGUACCUCCUGACCAUCAUGGCGGUGGCGUCGCGUCUCUACAGGCACCACAGCAUCCACAACUCCAUCUCGCUGGCCGUGGUGAAGCUCAUGGUGGUGUACGAGGAGGAGAAGGGCCCGCAGGUCUCGUCCAACGCCGCGCUCACCCUCAGGAACUUCUGUCAGUGGCAGCGUCAGCACAACCCGCCGCGCGACAGCCACCCCGAGCACUACGACACCGCCGUGCUGUUUACGAGGACGGACCUGUGCGGGGCUCACUCCUGUGACACUCUGGGCAUGGCGGACGUGGGCACGGUGUGUGACCCGGACCGGAGCUGCUCCAUCAUAGAAGACGACGGGCUCCAGGCGGCCUUCACUGUCGCCCACGAGCUUGGUCAUGUGUUCAACAUGCCCCACGACGACGCUCAGCUCUGCUCCGGGGUGAACGGGCCUCACUGGGGAUCUCACAUGAUGGCCUCCACCCUGUCCAACCUGGACCAGACCGAGCCCUGGUCCCCCUGCUCCGCCCUCAUGGUCACCUCCUUCCUCGACAACGGACACGGGCAGUGCCUCCUGGACAAACCCCAGAAACCCCAGGUCCUGCCCCAGUACCUGCCCGGGACGGUCUACGACGCAGACCACCAGUGCAGGUUGACGUUUGGAGACGAGUCCCAACACUGUCCGGACCUGAGCAGCACGUGUUCUGCUCUGUGGUGCACGGUGACCACGUCCAACGGGCUCCUCGUCUGUCAGACCAAGAACUUCCCCUGGGCCGACGGGACCUCGUGUGGACAGGACAGCCUCUGUGUGUCCGGCCAGUGUGUGAGCAAGAGCCAGGCCGCCAAACAACAGGUUCCCGUAAACGGCGGCUGGGGCGUGUGGGGGCCGUGGGGCGACUGCUCUCGGACGUGUGGAGGGGGGGUGCAGUACUCGUUCAGGAGCUGUGACUCUCCUCUGCCCAAAAACGGAGGAAGAUUCUGCGAAGGAAAACGAGUCCAGUACCGAUCCUGCAACACCGAGACCUGCCCCGAGACCAACGGUCUGUCUUUCCGCGAGGAGCAGUGCUUGGUUCAUAACGACAUGUCGGCUCAGGUGUCUCUGGGCUCGGGGGAGGGCGUCGAGUGGGUCCCGAAAUACGCCGGAGUCUCGCCCAAAGACCGAUGCAAACUGGUCUGUCGCGCCAAAGGGACCGGAUACUUCUUCGUCCUCAAGUCCAAGGUGGCGGACGGUACUCCCUGCAGCCCUGACUCCACCUCCGUGUGCGUUCAGGGACAGUGCGUAAAGGCGGGCUGCGACAGAGUCAUCGGCUCCUCCAAACGAUUCGAUAAAUGUGGAGUGUGUGGAGGAGACGGUUCGACCUGCAAGAAGGUUUCCGGAGCCAUGGAACGAGCCAGACCGGGGUACCAGGAUGUAGUGACGAUUCCCGCCGGAGCGACUCACGUUGACGUCAAACAGCGCUCCCCGGGCACGGACAGCAGUUACCUCGCCGUCAAAAAACAAGACGGCACCUACCUCCUGAACGGCGACUACAAGCUCAUGACCGUGGAGUCCGACAUCGCUCUCAAAGGCGCGCUGCUACGAUACAGCGGCUCCUCGGCCGUCCUGGAAAGACUCCGCAGCUUCGCCCCGCUUCCCGAACCUCUGACGAUUCAGGUUCUGUCCGUCGGAGAAUCGCCGCGGCCACGGGUGAAGUACAGCUACUUCGCGCCGAGGCCGAGCCACGCGGCGAACGGCAACGCCAGCAACCGUAAACAGUCCAUCAACGCGAUCAGGGAGGUGGGAGGAGCCGAGUGGACUUUGCGGGAGUGGGGGCCUUGCUCGAAAACGUGCGGCGGAGGGAGCCAGCAGAGAGAAGUCGUCUGCUUGGACGCGCAAGGCAAGACUUCGAAGGACUGUCCUCAAGAACUGCGUCCGCUGGGGGUGAGGUCGUGCGCGGCGACGCCCUGCCCGACGUGGCUGCUCGGCGAGUGGUCUUCCUGCUCCAAAACGUGCGGACGAGGGUUCAGGAAGCGACAGCUAAAGUGUAUCGGGUACGACGGUCGGUCCAUGAGCAACGACAGCUGCGAUUCGAAGGACAGACCGAGGCCUUUGCUCGAACUCUGCAACCAGGGGCCGUGCUAAAGGCGAAACGAAUCCGCUACGGUGGCCUAAGAGAGACAAACUAAACCGCAAAGUGGGAAAUAUCUUGACAACGGAAUCAAAUAGGGCUUUUACCAACGUCUAAGGUUACGUUCAGACUGCAGGGUUUAAGUGCUCAAUUUGGAUUUUUUUGUGAAAUCCUGAUUUAAUCCGAAGUAAAUGCGACUUGUCUGUGAUCUCCAGUGUGAACCUUAAACGCCCCAAAAGAGUCCGGACGUUUAUGGAAGUCGCCUAAACGCUGGGCUCGUCUUCCCAAAAUACAGUUCUUCCAGUUCUUGGUAAAAAGGACAGGUUACACGUCCGAGGCCGCUUCGUUUGUUUGAGUCUUGGCUCACAGGGUCUUUAUUUUUCGUCGACAUUGGAGCCAGGACCGUCUGUUUUGCGAUUUCUUUGGCAAUCGUUUUUAAAAAAAACGCUCAGUUCCGAUAAGAUCCCUCCAAUUUGACCUGAAUAAAGCGAUCCCCGAAAAUAUUAAUAAACUCUGUAAACUCUCGUCUAGACUCCGAUCCUGACGUGUAGGUGGGAUGAAUGCGACCUGACCGUUCAGACUGAAGUUGCAUGUCAAAAGAUCGGUUUCACUUCGUAGAAACCGUCUGACUUCGCAGCAUUAGGAUUCGUUCGCUCGACUGUAGGCGGGUACAUUUUUUAUUUAACCAAUCGCUGCUAUUUGGUCGUGAUGUAUGUAAGGCGCCAAACCCCAUCGGAAGACGGACAAUAACGUCUUUCUCCUUGAUAAAAUUCACCAAACAUUCUCUUUGUUUCGGCUUUAAAUCGUCGAUCUCGGGAAUCGUUUCCAACACAGUUUGAAUGUCUCUUCGCUGAUUGGACUCGCACAUUCCGGGGUUUUUGUGUAUUCCGAUUCCUGACCUAGUCGCUGGAGAGAAAUUAAAUCGAGCGGAGGCCUGGGUCGCAUUUGAAAAGUUCAUUAAAAGAUCGGAUACAGGUCGAAAAAAUCAGAUUUGGGUCACUUCAUUCUGCAGUCUGAACGUCGCCUAAAACAACCAACAGCUACUUUUUUUGGUGCUAGAAAACACAAACGGCAUCUUCUACACACAAUUUAGACGUUGGUAAGAAAUAUUUUUGUAAGAAUUAUCGCCUUUUUUCAUAAAUUUCAAAGAUACUUCCCACUUUUUUGAGCUUUUUAGGCCAUCGUAGUCACCUCCUCCGAUCCCCAAAUGGACUUUCUACCACCUCGAGUCCGCUGCCUCUUUCUCAAAACGUAAAAGUGGAAUUUGUUUACAUCUGAGAUUUUUUUAUUAUUUUUUUUUAAACAAACAUUUUUCCAUUUUUAUUUUAUUUGGUCUAAAGUGGCAUUGCAGCGUUAGUGACUGCCAGUAGCAUCGCAUCGGCACAUUUUUGGAAUUUAAAGGUUCGAUAUUACGCGGAAAAAACUGAGGUUAUGAUGUCGUUUAUUCCUCGAAAACAGAGCUGGAGUUGUGUUUUGAGGGAAAAACUCGGCGUAAAUCUGCAGAGUUCGUGCGUUAAACGAAACAAAACACAACUCCAGCUCUGUUCGCGACGAGAAAACGAGAUUAUAAUCGGAAAACGGCGUAAUGUCGGCCCUUUUUAGAUAUAUAUAUUUUCCUACCAGCUUGCUGCUUUACCGUGCCAAUGUCGUGCUUGUGUGAGUGAAUCAAAAUGAGUGAGAUGUUUUUAAAUAUUUUUUUGAGUUUUUUUUUUUGAGUCCAAGCUGGGCUGGACGUUGCUUAAAGGGGCGUGUUUAUGUAGAUUAUAUCGAGAGAAAGUGAAUUAUAAUAAUAAGAAUUUACCCCAUCAGGUAUGGACCCUAUAUAGUCAGAGAUGCAGUCAUUUAUCAGUAUUUGUAGCACUUCAGUUGUUUCGAAAGUCACGUUUUUAACAAAAAUUAGACGGAUUAUUUAAACCAGGGUUACUUAACUAAAAAAUAAGGCGACAUUGGACAGUUUAGAUACAUUUUUGGUGAUAAAAUAAUACAGAAAUACACUUUUUUUAACAGAAACACCUAAAAUACGACAUUAGAAAACUAAAACGGCUUCUUUUCUACCAACUCAAACACUUUCACAAUACAAAAAGCGACAAAUUUCCAUCUGUUGUCAUAGCGAUUAACAAUUUGAAGCCAAAAAAUUAUUAAAGGGCUAAACCAGAACUAAACUGGGACUAAAGCAGGAGUAAACCGGGACUAAAGCAGGACUAAACCAGAACUAAACCAGGACUAAACUAGAACUAAAUCAGGACUAAACCAGAAGACUAAACCAGGACUAAACUAGAACUAAAUCAGGACUAAACUAGAACUAAAUCAGGACUAAACCAGAACUAAACUAGGACUAAAUCAGGAGUAAACCGGGACUAAAGCAGGAACUAAACCAGAACUAAACCAGGACUAAACUAGAACUAAAUCAGGACUAAACUAGAACUAAAUCAGGACUAAACUAGAACUAAACU